UUAACGUCCAAUAAGAAAGCCACUUCACACUACUCACAACUGUUGUCUAACAACAAUGAGAAAAAGGUAGAAAUUUAAACUGUGCUAUUCAAGCUGCUUCAAAAAAGGUUUAUGAUUUGUCCACAAUCACACCUGAAUGCAGGUACCUCAAAGAGUAUUAGCUCUUAAAACUGUGUGCGCAGGUGUGCAGAGUCUUCAAAGACCUGUGAGGACUUGGCGACUCCGGAAAGUGUGCAGAUCCUCUCCUGGCUCUUCAUGCUUUGUACUUCAAUCUCCACCUGUAUCUGUGUCUACUUUUUCCAGGGAAUUCUGUCAUUUUCCCCUGGUUUUCCAUAAACACAUCCUCUUCCGAAACCACCCUCCCCUGGUUUCCCCGCAUCAGUGUUUCUCUGACGAGCCAGAUAUGGCGGAACAGAGGUUCCUUGUGGAAUAUGCCAAGCGCGGCACAGCAGGGUGUAAGAAGUGCAAGGACAAAAUUGCAAAGGGCAUAGUGCGCAUAGGGAAGGUUGUGCCCAACCCGUUCAGCGAAUCUGCAGGAGAGAUGAAAGAGUGGUAUCACGUGAAAUGUAUUUUUGAGAAGCUAGAAAGGGCCCGAGCCACCACGAAGAAAAUCGAGGACAUCACAGAUUUGGAAGGAUGGGAGGAACUACAGGAUGAAGACAAGGAGCUCGUUAAUAAACAUGUUUCAGCCCUGAUGGCCAAAGUCAAUGCAAGUCCAAAGAAGAAAGUACAAGCCAAGUUAAACACUGGCCAACUGAUGGCUCCCCCUGCUGACCCGUCUGUCAACGCACCGCGCAAGUUUUCAGGCUUCACAGCGGCGAAGGCUGGCUCUUCCAGCGGUGCAGGACCAUCGUCGUCUUCCUCUUCCCCCGCCAAAGCCAGUCAAGGUAGCCCGCUGUCCAUCCAGAUGUGCGACCCCCAGCACAAGGACUGCCUCCUCAGAGAGUUCCGAAAGCUCUGCGCCAUGGUGGCAGAAAACAACAGCUACAAUGCCAAGACGCAGAUCAUUGAGAAGUUUCUGAGGAAAGGCUCUGGUGGAGAUAAGUUCCAUGGAGACCUUUACCUUACGGUGAAACUGCUGCUGCCGGGCGUCAUAAAAAGCGUCUACAACCUGAACGACAAGCAGAUCGUAAAACUCUUCAGCCGCAUAUUCAGAGCCAACCAGGACGACAUGGUGCGCGAUCUGGAGCAGGGCGACGUAUCUGAGACGGUGAGGAUGUUCUUCGACGAUAGUAAAUCGUUCCCUCCGGCUGCCAAGAGCCUGCUAACCAUCCAGGAAGUGGACGCCUCCCUGACCCGCCUCGCCCAGCUGACCAAGGAGGACGAGCAGCAGACCGAGCUGGAGGCCAUUGCCAAAAAAUGCACCAGUAACGACCUGAAAUGCAUCAUUCGACUAAUUAAACAUGACUUGAAGAUGAACUCUGGAGCAAAACAUGUUUUGGAUGCCGUGGAUCCAAACGCAUACGACGCCUUCAAGGCCUCUCGUAAUCUGGGCGACGUGAUCGAGCGUGUUUUGAGGAAUCAGCAGGAGGCGUCCAACGGUUCGGGACAGAGGAAACUCCUCACUGUGGAGGCUUCGCUCAUGACCCCGGUCCAGCCCAUGUUGGCGGAGGCGUGUAAAUCCAUCGAGUACGCCAUGAAGAAAUGCCCCAACGGCAUGUACUCGGAGAUCAAGUACGAUGGCGAGCGCGUGCAGGUCCAUAAGAACGGAGACGUCUUCAGCUACUUCAGCCGCAGCCUCAAACCUGUGCUGCCGCACAAAGUGGCUCAUUUCAAAGAAUACAUCCCUCAGGCUUUUCCUGGCGGUCACAGUAUGAUACUGGAUGCUGAAGUCCUGCUCAUCGACACAAACACCAGUAAACCCCUGCCCUUUGGGACCUUAGGCGUCCACAAGAAAGCAGCAUUUCAGGAUGCCAAAGUGUGCCUGUUUGUUUUCGACUGCAUCUUCUUCAACGGUGUGAGUCUCAUGGAGAGGCCUCUGCGCGAACGCAGGAAGUUCCUGGACGACAACAUGGUGGAAGUGCCAAACAGGAUCCUGUUCUCUGAGAUGAAACACGUCACAAGAGCGGGAGAUUUGGCUGAAAUGAUAACGCGCGUCAUCAGAGAAGGACUUGAAGGCCUCGUGCUAAAAGAUGUUAAGGGAACCUAUGAACCUGGAAAACGCCACUGGCUGAAGGUGAAGAAAGACUAUUUGAACGAGGGAGCGAUGGCGGACACGGCUGACCUGGUGGUGCUCGGGGCUUUCUACGGAAAAGGCUCCAACGGGGGCAUCAUGUCCAGCUUCCUCAUGGGCUGUUACGACCCAGACUCAAAGAAGUGGUGCACGGUCACCAAGUGCUCCGGAGGCUACGAUGACGCCAUGUUGGCCCGACUCCAGAAGGAGCUGGACAUGAUCAAAAUCAGCAAGGACCCGAGCAAAAUCCCAGGAUGGUUUAAAGUCGUCAAGAACUAUUAUCCAGAUUUCCUUAUCCGUGAUCCGCAGCGCGCGCCCGUGUGGGAAAUCACGGGUGCCGAGUUCUCCAAAUCAGAGAUGCACACAGCUGACGGCAUCUCCAUACGCUUCCCGCGCAUGACGCGAGUCCGCGACGACAAGGACUGGAAGAGCGCCACCAACCUGCACCAGCUCAAAGAGCUUUUCCGCAUCUCUAAGGAGAACUGUGACUUUAAAGUGACCGCGGGACCGUCGACAUCCAACGACGACAAAGGUUCGUCGGGAGGCGACAGCAGCGACAGGAAUUCACCGCCACCGCCAACGCCGCCAUCGUUGGCCCACGGAAAAGCUCCUCCCAAGAAACCAGGUAACAGUGUUACACCUAAAGCAAAGGUGGCGGCGAAGUCGCAGCCUCGAUCUCCGGCCCCUGAGCAGCCUGCUGCCAAAAAGGCGAAGAAGAGUGAGAACGUUUACAGUAACGGACAAACAAAGACAACGGCGGCGAAGUCUCGACUGCUGGAGCCGCGAAACGACAAGACUCUGCUCGACAUCUUCAGCGGUGUGAAGCUCUUCCUCCCCGACUCCACGCAGGACUUCGACAAACUGCGGCGAUACUUUGUGGCGUACGACGGCGACCUGGUGCCAGACUACGACGCCGCCUUGGCGACGCACACCAUGGCGGAGCCCGAGGAGAACAGCAGGGCGGAGAGGGUCACGCCCAGCUGGAUCUGGCAGUGCAUCCGCAAGAGACGCAUGGUCCCGCCCUGUUAAUAAACAACAACAAUAAAGACAAACAAAACAACACACUUUUUUAACACUGAGUUUAACUGAACUGGGAGUUAAUCUUUUUAACUUUUUAUUUAUAAUUUCUUGUCCUCAAGUGGUUUUUACAUUUUCUAAACCAGCAACAAAAACUUUAUGUUUUUAGUUGUUUUAAUUAUAGUUUUUGCCAAAUCGAGGUCGAAGCUGCUUCACAAAUUGUCGCAGAAGCGAAAACGCACACACGUAAUAUGCAUCAUUUUUACUGCCAGAGAGACAAGUUCUUUCAUUUUGUGAGGUUUUUACGACAGGAAUAAACAACAUUAAUGAAAUAUCAGGAAAAAUGUCACCUAACGCUGUUGAAUGUACAGUGAAAGUGAUGUUUCGUGUAUUUUUAUAAACACAGCACCAGAGUUAAAGGAAAAGUGCAGUUUUUUUUCUGUUUAACGAGGAACAACUUUAGAGGUUUUCUAUGACUGAUAGUCGCGCUGCAACACUUGAUAGAUGCUUGUUAAAUGUGAAUAUUUAGUGGUUUCUUUGCUCCAUAGAACAAAGAAAUCAUGAAAAGUCAACAUUUUCUCACCAAACAAAUAAAGAAUAUGAUAUUAAAACUGUACUACAGAACACAAGUUUACCAUGGGGCUGUAAAUAACGAUUACUCGAGCUCUUUAAAAUUUGAUGCUCUCAAAUGUCUUCUUCUUUGUCCACUGACCAAAAUCAUUUGUUUGUUACGUGGAGCAAAGAAACCAGAAAACAUUCACAUUUAAGAAGCUGAAAAAUCAGAAAAGUGGUUUUAAUUAUUCGAAAAACAAACACUCGUUGACGGUUAAUUUAGAAAUCGAUUAAUAAUGGUUAUAGUCCUAGUUAAGAGAGGAAUGUGAGGAUGAAUCACAUGUAGUUCUGGGCAGAGUCUGUAGACCGGUUCAUACUAAAAACCGGUGUACAAAAUAAAAAGGACCAUGACGCGGCAAAAACAGUUAACAAAGGGGGACCCUUUUCACUGCUGCACCACCCACACGUAUGCUAAUGACUGAGCUGAAGAAGUCACUGUGGUAGAAAUAGAAAGUGUCGACAGGUUCUGAAACUGAAAUGUUUAAAAACAGGUGAAUUUGUAUGAAAACGAGCAGCUGUGUUUGUUGUUUGUAAGGUUGUUUUUUUGGGGGGGGGUUUGGACAAAACAAUGAUUUACUUUACUGCAAAUGUUGUCGCUGGAGCUAAAGUUGUAACUGGAGGCGGCAAUAAACACUUUUAUUGUGAAA